AUGGGUCUCUCACUCGGCAACGAUGUCUGGAUCUUGCUUGUCUCGUUACUUCUAGCUAUUAUUAUAUCUCCAGCCCUGGCACUCGCUCCGUAUACCUGGGCUAGCCUGCGACCGAAGAACUUUCCCCCAGGCCCAAAGCCACUGCCAUUGAUAGGGAAUCUGAAUCUGAUUCCUCCGUCAAAAGCAUUCACAUUAUUCCACCAAUGGACCAAGCAAUACGGUCCCAUACUCGGCCUCAAAUUCGGCCCAGCAAACGUCGUGGUCCUCAAUAACUGGCGAGACGUUCAAGAACUCCUCGAAAAACGCAGCCACAUCUACUCCUCUCGUCCAAACAACUACAUCGCCAACACCCUCAUCUGCAAAAACAACACCCACAUCCUCUUCGCGCCCUACGGGGACACCUGGAAGUCCCUCCGCAAGGCAUCCCAAGCCCUCUUCACCCCGCGCUCUCUCGCCCGCAUCCUCCCCAUCCAAGAAGCCGAAGCCACCCAGACAAUAUUCGACAUCCUCCGCUCCCCGCACGACUACUACGAACACAUCCAGCGCUACACAACAGCCGUCAUCCUCGCCUCGGUCUUUGGGCAGCGCGGCGAAGAGUUUAACUCGCCGAAUGUACAGGCUCUGUACGAUGUGCAGAACCGAUUCACCGCACUUUUAGAACCGGGCGCUGCGCCGCCUGUCGAUGCGAUUCCGUUCUUGCGGUAUCUCCCUGAGAGUCUGGCGCCGUGGAAGCGGAAGGCGAGAGAAAUCCGUCGGGACCAGCGCGAGCUGUAUUUCCGGCUUUAUAACACCACUAAGCAGCGAAUGAUUAGCGGGAUCAGGACGGGGUGUUUUAUGGAGAAGCUUAUUGAAGAUCAGGGCAAGAAUGGGCUGAGUGAUGAACAUACGGCGUAUCUGGGGGGGAUUCUGAUGGAGGCCGGCUCUGACACAACCUCGUCGACGUUAUUGUCGUUUCUCCUGGCUGUUCUUGAAAACCCAGAUGCGUUGAAGCGUGCCCAGGAGGAUGUUGAUCGGGUUGUUGGACUGGAGCGGUCACCUACAAUGCAGGAUUUGGAAGAUCUGUCGUAUAUUGAGGCUUGUAUGCAUGAGACCCUCCGCUGGAGACCCGUCGCAGCCGGUGGAAUCCCGCAUCUGCUCACCCAGACAGACACAUACAAGAACUACAUCUUCCCUGCAGGGACAAUCUUCUUCGCAAACACGUGGGCCAUCCAUCAUGACGAGACCGAGUAUUCCAGUCCUGCCGUCUUCAACCCGGACCGCUGGCUGGGAAAUAAAUACGGCACAACACACAUCCUUGAUUUGGACAUACACCGCAGAACGUCCUAUGGCUGGGGUGCAGGACGGCGGGUCUGUUCAGGGCAGAACAUGGCCGAGGCGUCGUUGAAGAUUAAUAUUGCGAAGCUGGUUUGGGCGUUUGAUUUUGAGAGGGACGGUGGACAGAAGGUGGAUGGUUCUGUGGACUCGGGGUAUGAGGGUGGGUUUCUGGUCUGUCCGAAGAGGUUUCCGAUUAGGAUUACGCCUAGGAGCGAGGCGCGUGUGGCUGUUAUAGAGAGGGAGUUUGAGGGGUUGAAGGGGUUUUAUGACAAGUUUGCUGCGUAG